AGGAGCGAGAUGAUAGAGAAGCAUGGGGUGCAGGUGGGACAGGCCAGCGGCUGCCGGUUCUACCAUUUGAAGUCGGCGCGCGACCGCGAGACCGUGUACUACCGUUUCGUCAAACAGGCAGUAGACGCCGAGGCGCAGCAGCUCAAGAAGAAGCGCCGGGCGGGUACAGGUGCUCGGCCGGUGGGCACUCGGGCUAUGGCCGUUGUCCACAUUGAGCGCUGCGCGUCCUGAAAGAAG